UUGCAUGUUUAUUUAUUUUUCGAAAACUAACUUCGAAUUCCAUAAGAACUUACAAGAAGAAAAUAAAGUGGAUUCCAAAAAUAGGGGACUUCAAAUAUGUUUGGACUCCUAGGACUAUUUCCUGGAUAAUACAAGAAAAACAAAAGAAUAAAAAUAGACAGCUGAAACUCAACAGCUGUGUGCUGUGUGUGUGAAAAAUAUAUGUGAAGUUUUUAUACAGGGAAACAGAAGAGAAGAUGGUUGAGAUGGGUCAAGAUUUUUACUGGUCACACACUGAUGAGCCUCAUGCUUCUCGUAGGAGACUCAUCCUUUCCAAGUAUCCUCAAAUUAAAGAUCUUUUUGGGCCUGAUCCUUGGGCUUUUCUUAAGAUUACUUUGGUGGUUCUGAUUCAGUUGUGGACUGCAACUUUCCUUUACGAUGCUGGUUGGGUGAAGAUCCUGAUGAUAGCAUACUUCUUUGGUUCUUUCCUCAACCACAAUCUAUUCUUAGCCAUUCAUGAGCUCAGUCACAACCUUGCCUUCUCCACUCCAGUCUACAACCGUUGCCUAGGCAUUUUUGCAAACCUACCAAUUGGGGUACCCAUGUCUGUCACCUUUCAAAAAUAUCAUCUCGAACAUCAUCGCUUUCAAGGUGUUGAUGGUGUUGAUAUGGACAUUCCAACUCUCACUGAAGCUCAUAUUGUUACAAAUGUUAUUGCAAAAUCCAUAUGGGUCAUCUUUCAACUCUUCUUUUAUGCUCUUCGUCCUUUAUUUGUCAAACCAAAACCCCCUGGUAUAUGGGAGCUCAUAAAUUUUACCAUCCAGCUAGCCCUUGAUGCCUCUGUAGUUUACAUCUGGGGUUGGAAGUCUUUUGGCUAUAUGAUCCUGUCCACGUUUGUUGGAGGUGGUAUGCAUCCAAUGGCUGGUCACUUCAUCUCUGAACAUUAUGUCUUCAAAGAGGAACAAGAAACAUACUCUUACUAUGGUCCCUUAAAUCUUAUGACAUGGAAUGUAGGUUACCACAACGAACACCAUGAUUUUCCGAGAAUCGCGGGUUACAAGCUUCACAAGGUGAAGGAGAUUGCACCAGAAUAUUAUGAGAAUUUGGAUUCAUAUAGAUCUUGGAGCCAGGUAAUUUACAUGUAUUUAAUGGAUUGCACCGUUGGGCCCUAUAGUAGGAUGAAGAGGAAAUUGUCAACUAAAAGAGCAAACUGACUUCCCUGAUAGUGAUGAUAUAUGUAUAAUCAUUAUUCUCAUAUUAAUGUAACAUGAUAUAUGGAACCCCAUAUUAGGGUGAGGGCAUUUACUGAUAAUGUAACAUACAUACGGAAUUAUGAUGGAUAAAUGUUCCCACGAUUUUGCUGAAUGUUAUGAGUCUUUAUUACUCUUACAAAAAGUGAUAUUCCUGUACAGAUUCUGCUGAUUGUGCGUGAGAUCAUGAAAUUGACAUGCAACAGAAACCCCCUUUUCCUAACCUUGAUGAUCUAAUCAUUUUGUUUUAUGUUUCCAGAAUCAAUAUUCUUGAUGCUGCUUUUAUUUCGAAAGUCUCUUUCUCCCCUUU